UGAAAUUUCCCGAGGAAUACUGAAGUUAUUUGAUAUGAAAUGUCCCGAGGGAUAUUGAAGUUAUUUGAUAUGAAAUGUCCCGAGGGAUACUGAAGUACUAGCCUAUAAGGCCUCAUAAGUACCAAAUCGUGCGCCACACGAUGUUGCGGUCUUGGACAAGCUGUAAUUAAGUCCCACACCAACCAAACACUGAUGUCGUCCUGGAGAUUUAAACGGCAUACCUACAUUGUUGUAGCUUGAGAUUAAUAAGUUCUGAACUAGCCAUGAUGAACUCCAAGGAGAGUGAGCAGAUGUCUUUGCUCCUGUCCACAUACCUGGAGAGGAGAUAUACUGGGACAGAGGAGAUCGUUAACAUCAAAAGGAGGGCAGUAGUCUUAGGUGAACAGCUGAUGAGUUCUGAUUUCCACUGGCACAUUUUCACUGGAAGUUAUGGAGAAGGAUGUUCACAAAAGGGUUCAGACAUAGACAGAAUGUUUGUAGACAAGGACAUAGCAGUGAUCUACCCUGAUCGGUGUAUUCCUCGACACCUGGCACACAAAACCAUUCUGUAUAUUAGAGAGGCAGACUGCCGCCCCGGCUACGUCCACUUAGAGAUAUGUCAGCUUAAACGCUCAUUGCAUACAACCUUUACGAAUUCACUAGUUAGAAUAGGGAAAUCCGUGUUUGUUUCCAGUGAUAUCUUUAGAGAGGAAUGGGUCAGUUACUAUUCUACCAAAGUAGGUUUGAAAUAUGAAUCCAAUGGACCUAGUAUCGCAUGUACAGGACUGUGUGGGACCAGUAUGGACAAUGUCUAUUGUUUACGGUGUAACAGUUGGCCAAAGGAGGCUAAUGAAUGGAUUACACGUACCCGUCUCUAUGGAUGGCCGCAUCAAACAUUGAUAAACAAGAUUGUAAACAGUGGAUGUCAUCUUGUUCCAGUAGGAGAUAAAUGUUCGGAAGAUACAUUUUUACAAUGGAGAAUCUCACUUGUAACAGCAGAAAGGUCUUUAGUUCAUUCCUUUAGUCACAUCCAAGUCAAAGUAUACACAGCUGCUGAAAUAUUUCUUAAAACAAAUAAAGGAAACAUUGAAAGAAACAAUUGGGGAUGACGACAUCUUGUGCUCC